UUCCCUUUAUUUUAAUGGCUACUGAAAAGACAGCAUUCGAACUUGCCAUGAAAGAAGUUGUUCUUAUCAAACCAUCAAAACCAACACCUUCCUCUAUUCUUCCUUUAUCUACACUAGACCACACACCUUCUUUUAAUACCCUAUGCCAUACCCUCCAUGUGUAUCGAUCAAAAGUUGAUGAUCAUGAUGAACCUAGUUGCCCUAAUCACCAACUGCUACACCCUGCUGAUGUGAUCAAAGCAGCACUUUCAAAGGCUUUAUUCUAUUACUAUCCUCUUGCAGGUAGGCUAGUAGACCACACUGAUGGAAAGCUCGUAAUCAACUGCAAUGCAAAAGGUGUUCCGUUCUUGGAAGCCAAUGCUACUUGCAAGCUUUCUUCUCUCCAUUACUGGGAUGGCACUGACAUGGAAAGUGCAAAAAACUUAGUGUAUGACCUUCCUUCUGAAGAUGAAAGUGGCCACCAAUAUCCCUUGGUGUUCAAGGUCACAAACUUUCCUUGUGGGGGGUUCACCGUUGGAAUGGGGCUGUUACAUUCUGUUUGUGAUGGCGUUGGAGCAUGUCAGUUCUUCAAAGCCAUCAUGGAGUUUGCAAGGGGAAAAACUGAACCCUCUGUGAAGCCUGUGUGGGAGAGAGAUAGGCUAAAGGGAUCAAUCACUAAAAACCCAUUGCAAAUUGAUUUUUUGGACGAUGCCUCAGCUGCAGUUUCACCCUUUCUUCCAACAGAAGUUCUCAUGCAUCAGUGCAUUAAGGUGGACAGUGAGAGUAUCAAAAGACUGAAGAUGAGUUUGAUGAAGGAAUCAGGUGAGAACGAAAACUUCACUACUUUUGAAUCACUAGCUGCAUAUGUGUGGAGGUCUAAAUCUAGGGCUUUAAAAUUGAACUACGAUGGGAAAGUUAAGCUGAAUAUCACAGUUGGAGUGAGAAGACACUUGCAAGAUCCUUUGCCAGAAGGGUAUUAUGGAAAUGUUGUUGUGGAUGCUGACGUUAUUUUAACAAUGAGGGAACUCAAUGAAAGACCACUCCAUGAGAUUGUGAAGCUCAUUAAAGAAAGCAAGAAAGUUUCUAGUAACAGUGAUUAUGUCAGAAACUUCAUGAACACUUUAGAGACUGAACUAAAUAAUUUCAAGGCUGAAGCCAGUGGUGCAUUCACUGCCUUGACUGAUUGGAGGCACUUGAAGUUCUUUGAAAAUGUAAAUUUUGGAGUUAAAGAAAUUUCGAAUGUUGUACCAAUGCCUUCUGACAUGUUUGGAUGUGUUGAUUUAUGCAUUUUCUCAGCUCUUGGGAACUUUGAUUCUUCAAUGGAGGGAGGGGUUGGUAUUUUUGUGUCUCUACCAGCUCCUGCAUUGCUCACGUUCAAGGAGGAGAUGGAUGCUCUCACCCUUUUGAUUUGAACACUUACUAUAUAUGAGGAUGAAUAAAACAGCGUGAAAUGUGUGAGAUCUGUUCAUGCCACCUUUGGUUAGGCUUUUAACCCGUGUGUAUUAUUAUGUUGUAGUCAAAUUUGAUCGCAUUCUAGUUGCAUGCGUGGGUCCUUUCUAUAUAAUGAAGGGCGUGUUUGUAGUAUGAUUCAGGCUAAAAUGCAGUUGCUGUCACCCGUAGGA